AAUCAACCCUUAUGGGCCUUGAGACUUGAGUUAGAGUUGACGAAUAGCCACCUCUGAUUCAACUUCAAUAACAACCUAUUUGCGGUCCGAAGACGCCGUCAACAUUAGUUCAGUUUUGUAAUUGCCAUUGGUCAACUCCAGAGUAGGUUUCUCGCAUGCCGAGGUCAACUUAAUACGAGGUCAACUCCAGAGUAGGUUUCUGGCAUGACGACUACCAACCCACUUGAGGUUUUGAUAUAUUUAGCAAUCCAACACAAAUUCAAUGAACUCUGCAUCCAAUUUAAACCACCACCAGCAGAGUAAUACGCACGCACACAUCUUGAAACUCUCUCUGUCUCUCUGAGCGUUUACCUACCAAACCCAACGAUGAAGCGUGCACGAGAGAUCCCAUCAUGUUCUUCUUUAAUCAACUUCAUCUUACUCUCCUACUACUUGUCCUUCUCCUUCGGCUUGUCUUCCGGCAACAACGAGACCGAUCGAUCGGCGUUGCUGGAAAUCAAGAAGGCGAUAACGAACGACCCGAACGGAUUCCUCGACUCCUGGAACGAUUCCUUCCAUUUCUGCAACUGGCCAGGCGUGCAGUGCAACCCAACGCAGAGGGUAACAUCUCUGCUCUUGAAACGCCUCGGUCUCGCGGGUACUCUGUCUCCACACAUCGCCAACAUCAGCUUCCUCAAAUUCAUCAACCUCGACUUCAAUAGCUUUCACGGCCAAAUCCCCAUGCAGCUCGGAAACCUGCAUCGCCUCCAACACUUGAACGCCUCCGGCAACUUAAUCCAAGGCGUCAUCCCUGUCAACUUAACUCGUUGCUCUCAGCUCAGGAUUCUGAGGUUGGGAGGAAACCAGCUGCAAGGUACCAUACCCGACCAGCUCGGGUCGUUACCCGAGCUGCAAUUCCUCGAAAUGGAAGAGAACAACUUGUCAGGAAACCUCCCGGAUUCACUGGGGAAUCUCUCGCAGCUCGUUCGAUUGGCUGCUUCGUAUAACAACUUGGUGGGCCGAAUUCCUGACAGCUUUGGACGGCUCAGGAAAAUGAGCUCCAUUACAAUGGGGAUCAACAACCUCUCUGGCGAAAUCCCUCCUUCUCUUUACAACCUCUCUUCCAUUCGCUCCAUGACGUUUACUUACAACCAACUGCAAGGCAGCUUGCCAGACAACAUUGGCAACACUCUGCCUAACCUGGAAGCAUUCGGAGUGUCGGGGAACAAUCUGGUUGGGACGAUCCCCGAGUCGUUCUGCAAUGCUUCUCACCUCGAGGACGUGAACAUGAACAGGAAUAAUUUCUUGGGCAGGAUCCCGAAUUGCCUAGGCAAUUCGGGACGUCUCCUCUGGGUAGACAUGGCGGCGAACAAUCUCGGUCACAAUUCGACGGGCGAUUUCGAUUUCUUGGCCUCAUUGACGAAUUGCACUAAGCUUCACCGGGUGGGGAUCUCUAUCAACAACUUUGGCGGCCCACUUCCUGAUAUCGUUGGAAACCUGUCGUCAACCGAGUUCCAACAUCUGUUACUCGGAGUCAACCAUAUCACCUCUAUUCCUGACACGCUACAGAAUCUAAUUGGGUUGACCAUGAUCGAUCUACCUUUAAACCUUCUGAAAGGCAACAUUCCUUCUUAUAUUGGCAAGCUCCAGAAUCUGGAAGAACUCACCUUGCACGGUAACGACUUGUCAGGUGUAAUCCCAAACUCCAUGGGAAACCUGACUCGACUCGUCUCACUGGAUCUCUCAGCAAACAGAAUCGAAGGGCGAAUUCCCGCGAGUCUAGGGAAAUGUCAGAGUUUGAGCUUCAUCGACUUCUCUGCAAACAGACUGACUGGAGAAAUACCUGCAGAGGUAAUGAACUUAUCAUCUUCGUUGGUUAAUAUGUUGAACCUGUCACACAAUUUACUUGGUGGCAAGCUGUCACCCGAGCUAGGAAAUUUGGAGGAUCUGAAUGCCAUUGAUAUCUCAUUCAAUGAUCUGAUUGGCGAAAUUCCCGACUCGAUUGGGAACUGCAAGAGCAUGGAACAUGUUUUUAUGCAGGGGAAUUCCUUCGAUGGGAUGAUUCCUCCAUCAUUCGGUUACUUGAAAGGUCUCAUGGAGCUAGAUCUUUCUCGCAACAACUUAACAGGAGAAAUCCCACUGGAGCUUGAGAAUCUCAAGUUCUUACAAUACCUCAACCUUUCAUUCAACAAUCUCCAAGGAGAGGCAUUCGUGAAUUCUAGUGUUACUACUUCAUUGGAUUUGGAGGGAAAUCCUAAGCUGUGCGGUGGUGCUGCCAUUGUCGGUCUUAAUUUACCGAAAUGUGCCACUACGCAACCAUCUUCUUCCGGUUAUGAUAGAUCGAGAACUAGAAGGAUUGGGAAAUCAAUAGUGAUAAUAAUUGUUCCUAUUUUUGCAUCAAUUGCUCUUCUCCUUGGGAUGUUGACACUCCUCCUUCUUAGAAGAAUACGCAAAAAGAAGCAGCAAUCUACUACUACUGAAGAUAUGAUUGCCAAACAAUUUGUCAGGAUUUCUUAUGCGGGCCUUCAUAAAGCAACUGAUGGAUUCUCUGCCAACAAUUUAAUUGGGGUUGGUGGGUUUGGCAAGGUCUACAGAGGAAAGCUUGAGGAAAUGGAAAAGUUUGUAGCUAUCAAGGUGUUGAACUUGGAGAGGGAACGAGCUUACACGAGUUUAGCAGCAGAAUGCGAAGCGUUGAGAAAUGUUCGCCAUAGAAAUCUCGUCAAGGUUUUGUCGUUCUGCUCUAGCAUCGACCAUCAGGGGAAUGAAUUCAAGGCUUUAGUAUUUGAGUAUAUGGAGAAUGGAAGCUUGGAGGAUUGGCUCCAUAACCAACAACAACGACGACAGAGCAACAACCUUAGCCUUGUCAAAAGGCUCGACAUUGCAAUAGAUGUGGCAUUUGCUGUUCACUAUUUGCAUUAUCUUUGUGAGACAACGAUAGUUCAUUGCGAUCUCAAGCCUAGCAACGUUUUGCUAGAUGGUGACAUGGUGGGCCACGUGGGCGAUUUUGGUCAGGCCAGACUUCUAUUGGAGCCAGUCUCGCAAGGGAAUUAUGCAACUACAACUACUUCUGGCGUGAAAGGCACUGUCGGUUAUGUUGCUCCAGAGUAUGGGAUGGGGUCGGAGGUGUCGACCAAAGGAGAUGCAUACAGUUUUGGAGUCCUUGUGUUGGAAAUGUUUACGAGGAAGAGACCUACGGAUGAAAUGUUUAGGGAGGGUCUGAAUCUCCAUGAUUUUGUUAAGGAUGUUGAUUCUCCAGGAAAACUUGUCUCGACUGUGGACCCAAUUCUUCUAGGUGAGGAGCCACAAGAUGAUGAUGAAAGAGGGAGAAGGAAUAGGGGGAAAAGGAUGGAGAAGAUACAAAGUUGUUUGAUGGCGAUACUUGAAGUUGGAGUUGGUUGCUCUAUUGAAUCAGUUGGUGAGCGAAUGAACAUGGCCGAUGCCAUUGGAAAGCUGCAAUCAAUUAGGGACAUGUUGCAUAGUAGAUGAAUGGGAUAGUUAGUUAACUAUGUUUCCCCAUGAAUCAUUUGUUUCAAUCACUUUAAAAUCCGAUCAUUAUUAUCACUUCGAUUGUACAUGUAUGGACUAUAAAUAAAUUAUGAUUCA